GGGAAGGAGGGACGUGAUGUGCAGGAUCCGGUAGUCUAGAGUACUAGCAGCAGGUAAGGAUCGCAGAGGAGGGAGGUGCGGGAAACAUGGCCUCCGCAACAACAAGCUCGUCGACGAGCAGUAUCCAGUCGGAGAAUAUUCCCCAAUGGAAGAAGGACCUGAUACAACGUAGACGUCAGCAGAGCAAGGUAUUGGCGAGCAACGGAGCCAGCGUGAAACUUUGCACGGCUGUAAUCGGCGCCGCGGGAGGGGCCGAGAGUUUUGAUAACGGUUUGACAAGCGUUCUUUCGGGGCAGCACGAAUGUGGCGGUGCUGCUGGUGGUGGUGGUGGUGGUGGUGGUGGUGCAGGCUGCAAGUCGGCGCAGCCUGCCGCCUCGAUCGACUCUCAUUGCGUCGGUGUUUUCGCUCCACACCAGCAACACCAUUCGGCGGUAACUAGCGCCGCCGACGGCGGAUCGUCGAACCAUCAAAACCAGCAGCAGCACCAGCAGCAGCAGCAUCAGCAGCGACAGACAGUCGCGGGCAACAUGCGCCUUGAUACGGACACGCUGGGUUCCGACGCGGAUUAUGAUUUGAACGCGGUCAGCGAUAAAAUGGUCGACAACAAAUCCGAGUCAAGAGACGCGCUCGCGGUCAAGUUGAAGUCCAGCAAGUCCGCCGACAUGGAGCUGUCAAAGUUCGCGAACGAGAGACCGGCCAGCGAGGACGGGGAGAGCGACAGCUCCGAGGAGCUGCAGUACGGACCGGGGAUCGUGAACAAGUUGAAAAGCAAGUACCUUAACCUCACGCUCAGGGAGAUGAACAAGAGCAGACCGUCGGUGCAGAAUUUUCGCCGGGCCGCCAGCCUCGAGGAUCUCCUCGACUGCGACGACGACGUCGCCGCCGAGAAGUCCCAACGAAAAUACACAAAGAGGAACGCCGUUCCCGGCGUUUUGGCCAAGAGCGAACGGUACAGGAACGCCGAUCGCGGCAACGAUUCGAUGAAGAGGGCUCGCAGCGUCGAGACUCUGCUCAGAUACAAUUCCGUGUCGGACGACGUUACCCCGCACGUUGUUCCGAGCCGGUUUACCGCCGGCGUUGCAAAGAAGCACCACGAGCCGAACGAUCACAUAAUUCUGAUCGACCGUACCUCCGUGAAGAUCGAAAGUAAGCUCGGAGAUCCGGACAGACCGAAACCGCUCAACAAGCCUCGGAGGGUGAAACUCGUCGUUGACGAGACCGAGCGGCCCCCUCCAGAUCUAGUCAAAACCACGAUGCGGAUAUUCGAGGGGUCGACCAAGAAGCUGAAACCCAAGGGCGAGGUCGCGGCGAAGGUCGCUACUUUCAAGACCAUCAACGACACCUUCAAGGCCCAGAACCAGAAGAAGAUUGUGAUACCGAAACCCCCGCUGCAGCCGAAACCGUUCGCGAACGGUGUGAGCAACAAGCUUCCGCCGAGCUCGCCGAAGAAAAGCUUCGUCGUCCCCCCCGUGCCGACCGUCGAGAGACUCGAACAUCCCGAUAGUAACUUCCACAACGAAGGCGUUAUCACCGAGCCCAUUGUUCAGUCAGUUUCCUCCGUUGUCAGCAAGUUUCAACAGAUAGAAAAACUCCGCUCUCCUUCGCCGUCGCCGGAGCCACUCUGUAAGUUCAGAUUCUCACCGGCGGCGAGUCCAGAACCUCCCUUUCUCUCAAAGUCGAAAAUUAAAUCGCCACCCUCGACGCCUGAGCCCCGACCGAGAAUAAUAUCCCCGGGAAAAUCGUCCUCCCCGUUGUCUCCGAAGAAAGAUAUCGUCCCAGGUCAGAACAAUUCCUCCAACUCUUCCGAAGCCUCCGCGGAGUUGGAAACUUCGAAAUCGGUGUCGGAUCCAUCGAGAGCCGGGGCAGAAACUUCCGGCGAGCAGAGAAUGGAAAUUCCGCGGCCCGUUUCGCCGGUCGAGAGUCCCGUCGAGCGGCGGGAGGAGGGGGAGGACGGGGAGGAGGUCGUCGACGGAGGUAAAAGCAUUUCGAAAACAGCUUUGGAAAACAUCGCGAAAGCCGGAACGACGAUGCAGUUUAGCUUCAACGACCGCGCCGAAUCGGGUUGCGGAAAAAAUUACCUCCCUGGUUACACCAGGAGAUCCGUUAAGGAAACCCCCUCGAACAAGACUGACGACACUCAGGACGGAACCGCGAUUCCCAGCGUCGUCAUGAGGGCGGCUCCGCCGGUUCCUGAGAGGAGCAAAGCCGUCGAAAUCCCGGCGAUCAAGUCUGAGGAUAAGGUGCUACCGACGGCGAACGGCGAAGCGCCGGAGGUCAAGGAGGAAGCCACCGUCGUCGCCGAGCAGAUCGUCAACCGCGUCCAGGAUGCGGCGAAGAGUUACCAGGGUGACGGAAAGCCGAUCGGGGCGAUAUCCAGCCUCGGGUUGAUCAAGUCGAACGUCGCGACGAGCACCACGACGUCGACGUCCUAUCCGCAAUGCAACGAAGCGAAAACGAUAAAGACACAAAAGACUGAGAGCCCCUCUCCGCCCCAGAAACAAAUCGGUAUCAUCAGACCGUUGGUAUCGACGAAAACGCAGGUACCGCAACAGAAUCUCAGCAACAGAGAGAUCGAAAAGAACCUGAUCAACAGGGUGAAGAGCAUUGAACAGCCGACCAAAGUUGUCGUCAGCUUGAAAAGUGCCGAGGAAAUUCAACCGGUGAAGAAAACGAACUCCAACAGUGGUGGUGGAGGUGUCGGUGGCAAUGGUGGUAAUAGUGGUAAUGGUGGUGGUGGUGGACUGUGGGAUACCAAGCCCUGGAACGAUCAGAACAACACGAUGGUAUUUAAUUUCAUCAAUCGCGAAGAGGUGCCGGAUUACAUCGAGAACGACGGGCUGAGGGUCAGGAGAAAACGCGCCAAGCCAAAGGCUGGCGAAGGAGGCAUUAUAGUCUUGGACGCCACGUUGGAUGCAUCGACGACCGACGAAGCCGAAUGGGAAAUGACUGGUGGACCACCGUCGCCCUGCAACGUCAGUUUUCUCAACGACAAUAUCCUCAUCAAUGGCAGGAGCAACUUGUCGAAACAGCCCCGUAACCACAAGCAUCGCAUUCAAUUUGACGAUACGGCGACACGAACUUUUGAAUAUCCAAGCGAGGCGUCGAUGCUCGUAGGGGAGAGUAGUAAAAUUGCAUCAGAUUCUUCGGUUGACCGACCUGAUUCUACCAGAGAUGCUGUAGAUAACCGACCACCGUCAGUCAGCCCUACGCCGGGCGUUCCAUCUGUUUUAGGUGGAGGUGGUUUAGCCAGUUACACACCGAGCAAAGUAGACCUGGCCUCGGAAGGAUUUGAACUUGGGGUCACCAGGGCAUCGCCAUCGUCGACCGCUGCGCGCGUUGAACAACCCGAAAGUCUGGGGGAAGACGACUACUUGAAACCAGCGCAAGACGCCGGUGCAUGGGGAUCCGAAACGACGGCAGAUUUGCUGUUCUAAUAACGUGUAGUUCGUUUAUAAGACUUUGAAUGGUCAUUAAAAAGCAAUGAGGAAGAAAACUAUUUAUAUGCUUAGAAUUAGUUGAAAGCGCAGGAUACUGGCUGGACGAAUGCUCACAGUAUGAAAGCAUGAUAUAUAGUUAUUAAUUUAAUUAUACAUAUACUUAUACAUCUUAGAAAUAUAUUCUGGUAGUGAAUUAGCGAUUGAGUUCUUGCUGAUAAUUUAAGAAGCAAGUUGAGGGAAAAAGAGAAAAUUAAAGAAAAAUAAGAAAAUGCUUAAUCAGCGGAAUAACCUGUGAACAGCAUCAUUCCAAGUAUAUGCAUUUACUCCAAUAUAUACAUAUAUGUAUACAUAUAUAUAUUUGUUGUGUAAGUCAGGCUUUUCUGAAUACUGAAUUAGUGUAACGUAACUGCCAAAUGUAACACACCACCCAUUGAAUAUUUUUUUAAAGCCCCAGUAUUUUGUCCUCUGUAAAAGACGGACAACCAUGGUGCAUAUCAGUUUUGAGAAAAGUUUAUUAGGACGUUUUAAGAUAUUUCGAAGUCACUUUUGAGAUUAUUUCAAAUUAUGAUAGUAAUGGGAUUUUAGC